UUACCUAUUAAUAACUAAAAAUGUACAAAAUAGUAGUCCGUACUCGACCUAUUUUUCCCAAACUUAAAAAUUUGCGAUUUCUAAGUGCUGGUGCUCCAAAACCUGACGGUCCUUUAUUUCCCCACAAAGAUGAGUUUCCCAGCCGACACAUCGGGCCUCGGGACAGCGAUAUUAUACAAAUGUUGGAUUCGCUCGGCUUUAAGAGUUUAGAUGAGCUGACUGGUAAGGCCGUUCCACAAAAUAUUCGCUUGAAUCGACAAUUAGACAUUGAAGAACCCGUAGGCGAAUAUGAGCUGAUAAAUCGAAUAAGAAAAAUAGCGGAAAGAAAUCAAAUUUGGAGGUCAUACAUAGGUAUGGGAUACCACAAUUGUUGUGUGCCUCAUACCAUUAUGCGAAAUAUUUUUGAAAAUCCUGGUUGGACCACUCAGUAUACUCCUUACCAACCGGAGGUGUCCCAAGGGAGACUUGAAGGACUUCUUAACUACCAGACAAUGGUCUCCGAUCUUACAGGAUUAGAUGUGGCUAAUGCUUCACUUUUGGAUGAAGGCACUGCAGCUGCUGAAGCUCUUUCGCUUUGUUAUCGACAUAAUAAAAGAAGAAAAAUGUUGCUUUCUGAUAAGUUACAUCCCCAAACAAUUUCAGUUGUAGAAACAAGGUUAUCAUCUUUGGGGCUACAAGUUGAAGUUGUUGACGUUUUUGAAGCAGAUUUCUCUAACAGAGAUGUUGCUGGGGUACUCUUCCAAUAUCCAGACACUGAUGGAAAUAUACUAGACUUUAGCUCUGUCGCGGAAGCUGCUCAUUCGCACGGUACUCUAGUGUGUUGUGCCACCGACUUGCUCGCUUUAACACUUCUUCGACCACCGAGUGAAUUUGGUGCCGAUGUUGCUGUCGGUACUUCCCAAAGAUUAGGAGUACCACUGGGUUAUGGUGGGCCUCAUGCUGGGUUUUUUGCUUGUAAUCAAUCUUUAGUACGACUCAUGCCAGGCAGGAUGAUUGGAGUAACUCGAGAUGCUGCAGGCCGAGACGGUUAUCGCUUGGCAUUACAAACACGUGAACAACACAUCAGGAGGGAUAAAGCUACAAGUAAUAUAUGUACCGCUCAAGCGUUACUAGCUAAUAUGUCGGCCAUGUUUGCGGUUUACCAUGGGCCACAAGGGCUCAAAGAUAUUGGUACUAAAAUUCACAACCUGACUUUGGUAUUAAGUCACGGUUUGCGACAAGACGGUAAUAACUUGACGAAUGAGCUCUUCUUUGACACUAUUCGAAUCGAGCCAAAGCUGUCAGUGGAAGAGAUCCAACGUAAAGCUAAUGCGAAAAAAAUUAACUUGAGAUACUUUGACGAUGGAUCUGUUGGAGUUUCACUUGACGAAACUGUUACUUUUGAAGAUGUUAAUGAUCUUUUUGAAAUAUUUGGCAGUUCGCAUAAAAUUGAAGAUUUGCUUAAUAACCCAAUGGUUCGUGAACAUUCGAUAACCAAAAGUGAAUAUAAAAGAACUUCUCCAUUUUUAACACAUCCAGUAUUUAAUUCACAUCAUUCUGAAACAAGAAUCGUCCGUUACAUGAAAAUUCUUGAAAAUAAAGACAUUUCUUUGGUCCAUUCAAUGAUUCCGUUAGGUUCCUGUACAAUGAAACUGAAUUCUACAACAGAAAUGAUGCCUUGCUCUUUUAAACACUUUACCGAUAUCCACCCAUUCGCUCCUCUGGAUCAAAGUUUGGGCUACCACCAGUUAUUUGCGGAGCUUGAGAAAGACCUUUGUGCUAUUACAGGAUACGAUAAGAUUAGCUUCCAGCCUAAUAGUGGAGCGCAAGGAGAAUAUGCAGGAUUGAGGGCUAUUCAGUGCUACCAUGAUGCCCGAGGUGAUAAAAACAGAGACGUUUGUUUAAUUCCUGUAAGUGCUCAUGGAACUAAUCCAGCAAGUGCUCAAAUGGCUGGUAUGCGGAUUGAACCAGUCAGAGUGAAGCAUGACGGCUCAAUCGAUGUUGAGGAUCUUAAAGCAAAAGCAGAAAAGUUUAAUAAUCGUCUCUCAUGCAUGAUGAUCACUUAUCCUUCCACCAAUGGUGUUUUUGAAGAAACAGUGGCUGAUGUCUGCGAUAUUAUUCAUAAAAAUGGCGGUCAGGUUUAUCUAGAUGGUGCCAACAUGAACGCACAAGUUGGUUUAUGCAGACCUGGCGAUUAUGGAGGUGACGUUUCUCAUUUGAAUUUGCAUAAAACUUUUUGCAUACCUCACGGAGGUGGUGGUCCUGGCAUGGGACCGAUCGGGGUCAAGUCACAUCUAGCACCAUUUUUGCCAGGUCACCCCGUAGUCAAUCCUUUAGGGGAAGAUUCACCCACUUACGGUGUUGUUAGUGCUGCACCGUUUGGUUCUUCAGCGAUUCUUCCCAUUUCUUGGGCUUACAUUAAAAUGAUGGGGGCUCGAGGCUUAAGAAAAGCCACUCAAGUUGCCAUUUUAAAUGCCAAUUAUAUGUCGAAAGUAUUAGAACAACAUUACACAACUUUGUUUAAAAGUCCAACUUCGAAUUUGGUCGCUCAUGAAUUCAUUAUUGAUACAAGAGAGUUUAAAAAGACUGCUAACAUUGAAGCUGCUGAUAUUGCAAAAAGACUGAUGGAUUAUGGGUUUCACGCACCUACAAUGUCGUGGCCUGUUGCUGGUACUUUGAUGAUUGAACCGACGGAAUCAGAAGACAAACAAGAAUUGGAUCGAUUUUGCGAUGCUCUUAUUUCGAUUAGACACGAAAUUAAAGAAAUUGAGGAUGGAGUGAUGGAUAUAAGAGUGAAUCCAUUGAAGAUGGCGCCUCAUACACAGGAACAAGUUAUUAACAGUUCUUGGGAAAGACCAUAUACAAGAGAACAGGCAGCUUUUCCCGCACCGUUUGUGAGACCAGAAGUUAAAGUAUGGCCGACUGUUGCAAGAAUUGACGAUAUUUAUGGUGAUAAACAUCUCGUAUGUACGUGCCCACCCAUUUUAGACGAAUACAAUUACUAGACAAAAAUAAAAAUGUACCUAUUUAUUAAGUCAACUCUAUAAAAGUUUCUAAUUUCAUGUGCUCAAAUCUUUAGAAAGAAUCUGGCACAGCACAGAUCAAUCUAGUCAUCAAAUUUUUGUUUGCUCUUAAAAUUUUUACAAUCGUUGUUCUAAUAAUAAGAAAUUUGAGUGCAGUUUUUUCUCUAUUAUAAUCACAAUAAUAAUAAAACAAUACAAAGUUGUUU